UUUCCCUUCCAUUUUCACUGGAUGAAUUGUCUGAUCAACAUGCAAUUAUACCUUACUACGUUAUUUCUGGUGAUUUGGGUGAAUGUGGCAGCUCCAGCAGCUCUGAGUGGGUGCUCCGGACCUCUUCCAAAUGUGCCUAACGCUGAGGUCACAGAUGAAAGCAGGAAAAACGAGUACAAAGAGGGGUACAUUAUUUACUUCUCCUGUAAUUUUGGCUACAUAACAGCAGGUAGAACAGCCUAUGUGUGUGAAAAGAAGAAAUGGGUGUCAUUGCGUAAAGGAAAAUGUUCACCUAAACCAUGUGAGCUCCCUGAUGAAAUUGCCAAUGGCCACUACACCAUCCAAGAUGGGGAGGACUUUGUCUUUGGAGCCACUAUCAAAUACACUUGCAAUGAUGGUUAUCAAAUGGUGAGCAAAUCUGACACCAGAACUUGCCUGCUGGAAGGAUGGAGCAACCACUUGCCUGUAUGUGAAGUGGUGAGUUGUGUCCCUGAAACUACAGAUGAAAGGGUAGAUGUGCGUGGAAUUCCAGAUGAUAGUGCUCCUAUACUGUUUGGGCAUGAGCUCAGUUUCAGCUGCCCCAAGCCAGAACACCAACUAAAAGGAAACCCACAGGUUGUAUGUGCCGCAGGGGGAAGGUGGAACAGCCGUUUCCCCACCUGUGAAGAUGUGACUUGUAAAGUCGGGGAGAUGCAUAAUAAUUUGAUUGUGAAAGGAAGUCCCCAAAACAACGGCACCAUGAAAUAUGGAGACAAGCUACUGCUUGAAUGCAGCAAUCCAAAUCACAUUCUACAUGGGGAAUCAGAGGUUGUCUGCUCAACCAAUGGACAUUGGAGUCACCCCUUUCCACUGUGCAGUGAGCGGACAGAUGUCUGUGGACCUCCUCCAAUUCUCAACAACGGAGACACAGUGCACCGUAAAGAACGGUAUAGAAACGGGGAAUCCGUGGAAUAUGAGUGCCAGAAAUACUACGUCCGUAGUGGUCAAUCCCACAAGACAUGUCGUAACGGAAACUGGGUUGGACAGAUUACCUGCCUGGAACCCUGCACUGUGAAUAAACAGCUAAUGGCAGAACGGAACAUUGUAUUUGCCUUUUGGACAGAAGAUCCUAAUAAGCUUUAUUCCGAACAUGCGGAUCAUAUCACUUUUAAGUGCACUAGUAAUACACAUCCUUCACCAGACAGCGUAGGUUAUCGUCAGCAGUGUUUAAAUGGGUUCAUGAACUUGCCUCAAUGCCAAUAGUUGCAGCAACUUAUUGGAAUUGAUGUCUAUACCAGCUUUUUGAUGAAUGUCAAUAGAACAUUGUACCACAGUCUAAAAAACUACAGUGCAUGUUCAAUCAGGCCAUCAUCAGAAACAACAUUGGGAAAAUAAAUGCAGAAAGCUGGCAGACGACAACACUCAGAUUAAAUCAGAUGUUUUAUUUACAGCAGGAACCAGUUGAAAUAAAAAUUAAUCUAAUGAGA